CCCUCUCUAUCACUCGCAUCGGAAAACCCUAAACUCUCCAGACUCGCGCCUUUUCACCGUUGUCGAUCCUCACAAAUCUCAACCAUGGCGGCAACAAACGAUCUCACCGUCUUGCAAUUCGUGACUCCAUCAUCGACGGCUUCCACAACCACAACCCCGGUUCUCACAGCGCGGAUCCACCCUCUCGUCAUCUUCAACGUCUGCGACUGCUUCGUGAGACGUCCCGACUCAGCCGAACGAGUCAUCGGCACUCUCCUCGGAUCCAUCCUACCUGACGGCACCGUCGAUAUCCGCAACUCGUACGCCGUCCCUCACAAUGAAUCCUCCGAUCAGGUUGCUGUGGAUAUUGAUUACCACCACAACAUGUUAGCUUCACACCUUAAGGUGAAUCCAAAGGAAGUAAUUGUUGGCUGGUAUUCUACGGGUGCUGGGGUCAAUGGCGGUAGUGCACUGAUUCAUGACUUCUUUGCUAGGGAAGUCACCAACCCUAUUCACCUUACAGUGGACACUGGAUUCACUAACGGUGAAGGUACCAUAAAAGCUUACGUCUCUUCUAACCUUUCACUUGGUGACCGACAACUCGCUGCACAGUUUCAAGAGAUUCCUGUUGAUCUCCGUAUGGUUGAUGCCGAGAGAGUCGGAUACGAUGUCCUCAAGGCAACAGCUGUUGACAAACUUCCAAAUGACAUGGAAGGAAUGGAGCUGACAAUGGAGAGGCUCUUGACUCUAAUUAACGAUGUCUACAAAUAUGUUGACAGUGUCGUGGAGGGUCAAACAUCUCCAGACAACAACAUAGGACGGUUUAUUGCAGAGGCAGUCUCAUCCCUUCCCAAGUUACCCCCACAAGUCUUCGAUAAUGUCGUGAAUGAUAGUCUCCAGGAUCAAUUGCUUCUGUUGUACUUAUCAAGCAUAAUAAGGACACAGUUGAGUCUAGCGGAGAAGCUCAACACAGCUGCUCAGAUGCUGUAAUCAGCUUUUGAUUCCUAAUGGUUUUACUGAAAAAUGUGGAAUGUUACUUUUGGUUUCAAUUUUUUUUUUGACAAAGUUUGUAUAAGAUUUGACUCUUGUUGUAGUUUUCCGAAAUUGCAAUUUAGAAACAGACAAAAGUUCAUUUUCA